AUGUCUCCUCACUCCACUCAACACGUCUACCUUCAGCACGACUUCACGAAUAAAUGCCGAGACGAUGGUGAAGGUACCCCAAAUGGCCGAGUCGAUAUCAGAAGGAACCUUAAAGCAGUUCAGCAAACGCAUGUCUCCAAGGUCGGCGACUAUGUGGAACGGGACGAAGAGAUAGCAACAAUUGAAACAGACAAGGCAAGACGGCAUGCUAGAAUCGAUGUAUCCGUCAAUUCUCCUGAGGCUGGCACUAUCAAGGAGUUUCUGGCAAAGGAAGAGGACACCGUGACAGUCGGGCAAGAUUUGGUGAGGCUCGAGGCAGGGGAAUCAGGAGGCGGUGAAGAAAAGCAGGCAACGCAGGAGCCUAAAGAGCCAGCUCCUGGUGAUCAGAAGAAGUCGUCCGAUCCACAAGAAGAGGGUAAACCCUCGAAAGAUGAGCAAAAACCGCCUCCUCAGGAGGAGAAGAAGGCGGCCCCCCCUCCACAGAAAGAGGACAAGGCUCCUCCCCCGCCGCCCAAGGAGGAUAAAACGCCAGCUCCACCAUCUCCAAGGUCAAAGGAGGAGAAGAAGUCAGAGCAGCCUAGACCGCAAGGUUCGCCCUUUGGCGCAGGUUCAAGGGGAGAGAACAGGGUGAAAAUGAAUCGAAUGCGCUUACGGAUAGCCGAGCGUCUUAAGCAGUCGCAGAACACUGCCGCUUCGCUUACGACGUUUAAUGAGGUAGACAUGUCGAAUAUUAUGGAAUUCCGGAAACUGUACAAGGACGAUGUGCUCAAGAAGACUGGCGUCAAACUGGGGUUUAUGAGCGCCUUUGCCAGGGCAAGCAUAUUGGCACUGAAGGAGAUCCCGGCUGCCAAUGCAUCCAUCGAAGGCCCUGGCGGCGGCGACACUAUUGUCUAUAGAGACUAUGUCGACAUAAGUGUGGCUGUUGCGACGCCAAAGGGCCUCGUUACUCCUGUCGUGCGGAAUGCGGAGUCCUUGGACAUGAUCGGCAUCGAGAAAACAAUCGCAGAACUCGGCAAGAAGGCUCGGGACAACAAACUGACCAUCGAAGACAUGGCUGGGGGUACCUUCACAAUCAGCAAUGGAGGCAUUUUCGGCUCGCUCAUGGGAACACCUAUCAUCAAUCUUCCUCAGACUGGUGUGCUAGGUCUACAUGCCAUCAAAGACAGGCCAGUUGCCAUAAAUGGCGAGGUUGAGAUCAGACCAAUGAUGUUUCUUGCACUCACAUACGACCACCGUCUACUGGAUGGCAGGGAAGCUGUGACGUUCUUGGUCAAAGUCAAGGAAUUCAUUGAAGACCCUCGUCGCAUGCUCAUUGCUUGA